AUGCUUGAAAGUUCAGGAAUGUGCUUCUCAAGUGAUGGUCGUUAUUUUGUUGAAGGUGAAACAUGGGUGUUGGACAAAUGCACGCAUUGUAUAUGCCACCAAGGAACUCCACUCUGUUCAAUUGAAACCUGCCCACCCUUGCUCUGUUACCAUCCAAUCGCGUUGCCUGACUCCUGCUGUCUCUUUUGCCUCAUUAACAUAAAAAUUGUUGAUGCUUCCGUAGACACGAUGGAACGUCAGAACACUCUCCCUCAAAGAAAUAACACCAGCAAGGUUCAACUUUCUCAGCACACCAAAAACAGAUCGUGUUAUUCGGGCACGGGAGCAAAAGCCAACCACGGCGAUUCUUGGAAAGUGUCGUCGUGCCAGAGUUGCGUCUGCAGGGACGGCUCCAUCAACUGCUUCUCACAGACGUGUCCAAUUUUGGGUUGCAGUAAGACAGUUCUUAAGAAAGGACAUUGCUGUCCCAGUUGUGUUGAAAGAUCGAUUCUGUACUGCGUGUACAACAACGUGACGUACGACAACAGCGAGAGCUGGUUGAUUGACGAAUGUACGACUUGCGCUUGCAUGGACGGACAGAUCCUCUGCACGGUGUCCAUAUGCGAAGCUCUCUCCUGUCACAAAACCGUGACCGUACCUGGAAAAUGCUGUCCAGUUUCCAAGGAACAACCUUCCUAUUUUGGAACUAAAAAUGAGUCGACGCAUCCUUUGAACGUCACCCUCAUUGUCGUCCUCGUUUCCAUCAUCGCCAUCCUCGCCAUUGCCAUUAUCGUCCUUCUGGGCAUGUUACUGUGGCUGAGGCCGAGACUGAGUAGACAUCUGAGAAGAGCCUCCAGCAUCACGUUACCUCCCUCCAUGCAUUCAUUGAAUCCUCUCAAUCUCUUUAAUCAUAGACACGAUCAUCAGCAAUUGAACGAUGAAAAAUCCGUGUCGUCGAGCUUACUACCUCUUAGUCCUGUUACAGGAAUGAUUGGCAAUAACAACAACGUUAGUAAUAAUAACCAGUUUCAACAAAAACAGCAACCGACAGUUGGCAACUUGUUGCUGAAAUAUAAUAAGGAAAUACCAUCAAAACUUCGUUUGUCUAUAAACGAGUCACACCCUUAUGACGCUCCUUCGUUGAGUGCUGCUGUUUCCUCAAUGACAACUGCUUCCCUUUCUUCGUCAUCUUCCGCCGUUAAAAAAAGACUUUCAUCUUCCGACGGAUACAGCGAAGAACGUCGCAAUGUCAUCGAAAAUGUCAAAAACGAUACCUCCCAUUUCAAUAAAAACAUCAGUGAAACUAAUCCUAGUCCAAAUCACGACUUUUCAUGCAACGCCAACGUCACCAACGUGAGUGGAGAUUUGGUCAAACCGAUAAAUUUGCCUCCAUUGCCUCCAAGAAUGAAACCGAUGAUGUGCAGCGACUCGAACGAACCGUCGCCGAUCCACCAGAACAUCGAUGGCAGGGAAGUUCUCCAACUGGAUUCAGACGACAAAACAGAUAAGGAUGAUAUGAACAAUCUGAACAACGAUGAAUACGAUGACCACGUUUUGAACAUGAUGGAAAGCUACAGCAGCUUAAACGGUGACAAUAUAUUGGAUGUUGUAGUCACCGACGGUCCUGUUGAUAACAACAGAGCCAACAGCAUCUUUAGAUCGCCACUUAAAUCCAGUAGAUUUAGUGAUCUUGAUAAUGAUCUUACUCGACAUUUACUCAAUCCAUCUCCAUCUCAAGACAUCCAGACGAACGCCGAUAACUUAACGAGUAACAUAAAUUAUUCGAAUAAUAAAAACCGCAACAGCAGUAACAGCAGGGAUAACAAGAUGUCCCUCAGCAAUCGUAAAAGUUGGUGA